GCAGAAAGGGAGGCUUGGGCUGUGGGUUUCAAAACUGGCUGGUUCUGGGGAGCUCAUGCAUGGCAGCAAGAAAAGAAAAUAUAAUGUCUCUGUUUUGUUAACAUUGCAAGGUAGUGAUGAAACAACAGGAUAUGUUGUAAGGGUGAAUUUACAAAUUCUGACCUGACAUUUUAAGGGAUCUAUGAGUUUUUUCUUCCUAUCAAGUGAGCAAUACAUACAAGCAUGCAUCUCCUCUGAAGAGAUUGUGUUCAUCACAGCAUCCCUGUUCAUUCUGUUCUCUUCUGCAUUCUCAGAAUUGCAUUUUCUCAGAGAAAGGCCAAGAUAAUGCAAACUUUAAAAUUAUACCCUCCUAUUCCCAAAUUUAAGCAUUAUAUCUCUAAUGAUGUUAAAUCAACUGAUAGCAAUUAAUCAGUGAGGUGACUGUAAAUUAGGUUCAUUUUUUUGUUUUGUUUAAAAAAAAUACUUGGAAGAGGCUUGCUGUAUUCAACACAACUCAGACAGAUAAUAAUAGUGGCUAUUCAUGUAAGACAGUCCAAAAUUAUGAAUAUCUAUAGCCUGGUUUACUCAGGGGCUAGGCUGGAGGAUGGGGAAUUGUCUAUUCCCUCUGAUUUCAGCCAAGGUAAAUAAUCUGAUAACAGAAUGCCCUUUAAACUUGGGACUCUGGAGGUUGUGAGGGGAACAGUAAUCAGCAAACCUAAAUUGUUCCAUAAGGUUGUUGCCUGAUUUCACUGUAAAAUGAUAAAUUACAGGUGGCAAAGUGUGUCAAAUGGAAGUAGAAUCCUGCCAGUCUGGUGCUAAGGUAUUUGGAGAACUAAUAUAAAUGAUAUAGUUUUUCCAGUGAAUUAACUUGUUACAAAAUACCAUAGACAUUAAGGCAUUUGUUGAAUACCUUUGAAAAUUCAGUUAAUUAUUUACAAAAGUAAUACUUAGGGAGUUUUCACAGGUGGUGGAAACUGUAAAUGGAGACAGUAAAGAAGAUGAGAUUUAAAAGCUAUUUUAUCUUCCUAGUUAUGGUGUGCUCAAGGAAACUCCUGGCAGAAGAUACACCUUGUGAUUUGCCACAGAUAGAAAAUGGAAACAUUGCCCAGUACUAUUACAGUUUCAAAAGUUACUAUUUCCCUAUGCAUAAAGGAAAAAAACUCUCCUAUUCUUGUGUGGUUGGUUACACAACUGAAAGUGGGACUCAAGAUGGAAGAAUAACUUGUACAGCAGAAGGAUGGUCUCCAGUGCCUCGAUGCUACAGAAAAUGCACCAAGCCUCCUUUGGAAAAUGGCUCUUUUUACAGCACAGAAAUGGACUUCAAACUCCAUGAGAAGCUGCAAUACAAAUGUAAUCCAGGCUACCUCACCCCAAGUGGUGCUACUGAAGAUACAGUGCAGUGUCAGCCACAAGGAUGGUCCUUCCAGCCAAGCUGUACUAAAACACUUGAGUCGUGCCCGGUGCCGCGGUUGGAGCACGGCAGCUGGGCGGGGGCGUUGCGGGAGGUGCGGCAGAACGGGACGCUGCGGUACCGCUGCCAGCCGGGAUUUCGCACGGCCGCCGGGAGCGCCGCCGCCACAGCGCUGUGCCUCCCGCACGGCUGGGACCUGCCCCCCCGCUGCACAAGGAUAACUUGCUCCGCUUUGAGUGAAGUAGCUCAUGGAGGUUUCUAUCCUGUGAAGAAAACUUAUGAAGAAGGAGAUGUAGUUCACUUUUUCUGUGACAAACAUUAUUCUGUCACUGGAUUUGAAUUAAUUCAAUGCUAUAAUUUUCGGUGGUAUCCAGUCCCUCCAGUGUGUGAAGAUGUAAAAAAUAAAUGUCCUCCACCACCUCUCCCUCAUGACCAUAUCAGCACAGCCAAAAGAACAUAUCAUAAUGGAGACAAAGUUCAUGUACAGUGUACCUUGGGAAGGAGAGGAUCUGAGGAAAUCCAGUGUGAAGGAGGAAAAUGGACAUCACCCUCUAGCUGUAUUGGAGUUGUGGAUGAACAGGAAUCUGGGACAGCACCACCAGCACUCGAGGCAGAUGCAGAAACAAGGGCAAGCCCAACACAUCACAAUGAAGAUAUGAAAAUGCAGCAAGACUGUGCCUCUCCACCUGUGAUUGAAAAUGGUGCUGUCCUGGGCCCAGUACUGGCAAGUUACAAAAAUGGUUCCUGGGUAGAAUAUGUUUGUCACCAUUACCACUUUUUGGAUGGGCCCAGCACUGUUUAUUGUCACCAAGGAAACUGGACAGAACAACCAACCUGCUUAGAACCAUGUACUCUGAAUGUAACUGAUAUGGACAGCAACAACUUAACAUUGAAAUGGAGGCGGGAAGAGUUAAUUUUCCUCCAUGGAGAUCUCAUAGAGUUUGAAUGUAAACAGGGAUAUAGUUUUCUCCAGACUGCCAUUCCAUCUCCUGGGAGGACACAGUGUGACCAGGGCAGAGUGAAUUAUCCAAAAUGUGUUAUUCAAGCUGCUACAGAAAAAUGUGGCUCUCCACCCUCUAUUGCAAAUGGAGCUCUUACUGUCCCAGCACUGCCCCAGUAUGACAGUGGUUCUUCAGUUCAGUAUAUUUGCUCUGACUAUCAUUUUUUGCAAGGCUCUGAGAGAAUCUAUUGCUCUGAAGGACAAUGGACCUCACCUCCAGUUUGUAUAGAGCCGUGUACUUUGUCAAAAACUGAAAUGGAGAAAAAUAAUGUGCUGCUGCAAGCAUUCUAUGCAGACCAAGUUUAUUUUUACCAUGGGGAUUAUGUUGGAUUUUACUGCAAACAGAACCAUUUUGGAGCAGAAUCUGGCACAACUUUAUUUCAAGUACAGUGUGAGAGAGGACAGCUGGCAUAUCCAAGGUGUGUUGAAAGAGGAAAGCAAGUAUGGACUUGAGGAAAGGCCAUAGAAGAGGGUCUGCCUGAGGACAAUUGUGACUACAGCUAUGAAGAAAAUCCAGGAAUAUGGACAAUGUUUGCCUUGCAUCCAUUUUAGUCUCUUUUAAUAAAAAAGCCACUCUGAGGGUGUCUUUUAUAUCUAAACUCAUCUCUCAUAGCAUGUAUGGUGCUCUGUAUGGGUUUCCAAGGCUUUUGCAAGACUUGCAUGAAUGAAUAAGAAAAAGGAAUGAAAGCAUUCAGGAAUAGACAAAUUCUGCUUAUUUAGUCAAAACCCAGUCAACCAAUAGGUGGAAAAAAAGGCUGACAAAAAUACUUUACACAGUGCAUAUAACAGCAAUACCCUUCCUCUUACAGAGCAAACUGGAGCAAAAGGGAUUACAAGGCCCUUGCUGGAAUAGCUGUUGGAAGUAGAAUUCAUUCACCCCCAUCACUUGCUCUGGAUGUACACACAACACUGGCUGUGUGGCUGUAAGCACAGGACAGGAUCCAGGGGCAUUACAGCCAUGAAGGCAGCAUCUUGUUGAUGAACUUGGAGGCAAAGAACACAUCAAAUACUCAAGCUUUAUAUGGGGCUGCUGCCCCAACUACCUGUUUCAGUGACAUGCCACAUUUUCUUAUUGUUUUAAUCCUAGUGUAGCAACAGAAUACCUUCUUGUGACCCUUGAUGUCCCUUGUGCCACUCUGAGCUUCAGCUUUUCUAACAUUAUCCAUACAUGCCACAUCAAUGCCACGGACAGCUCACUUUGGAGCCUGUUUUUGCCUCAAUCCCCUGUACAUUGAUUUUUUUUUUUCUGCUUCAGUGAUCUCUGUGCAGUCUCUGAUGAGAUAAGUCAGUCCAGGUAGAUGUGGUUUUCCUCCUGAAGAUGAGAACUGAAUAAUCUUGUGCUUGGAGGAUUCUGUCCUCUAAGACCUAUAAGCUUUUCUGGACUCCUGUUUUCCCUCUAAGGUGUAGGAUUUGUAUUCUUUUUUCUCUUCUGAAUCAAGGAGUGCAUUAGCACAUGGCUACCACAGCCAGGCUGCCACUGGAUUUCCACAAUCCACUUUCUCCUUGUUUUUGAAGGGCAGAUGGGGCUGGGGGUGGCACAGACUGGCCUAUCCAGGACCUGGACCAGGAACUAGUACCCACCUUCCCCUAGAAAUCCCAAUUACUUGCACCCUAACAUCUUGCCUUUGCAGGCAAGUGCCCCAAAAAAACUGGUUCUGGCUAGACACUGCCUCAAGCUGUUCAAAAGAGAGCCCUGAGCUCUUUCUGCUCAGGCACUCAGAUCACUCACCCCAGACUUAUUUGCAAGCAAGUGCAUGGACAAGAAAGUAGGAAUAGACAAGGCCAAACACGCUCUGUGUGCUGAUAAUCAAAUUAACUGUCAGCUUUAAUUCUUGUCUCAGUAUGCCACCACAGCCAGGUGGCAUACUGUUUCCAGGCCACAAUUGUUAAUAAAAUAACAGUGAGAUCAGGAUAGAAUGGAUAAAAUGUAAGCACAACCCUUUGUCUGCAUGAAAUGUAAAUACAUUUACAAAACUAGA